AUGUCAUCAAUGAGUGUGAAUUCACUUAUUGAAAAUGAUGAAAAUGAUGGAAGUAAUACAAGAAGAGAAGAAAUAAAUCUAUCGCAAGAAAGUAAUAUAGCGAGUGGCAGUAAAUCAAUAUCUAAAGAACGACCUUCAUUAUCUUCAGAUUUAAAACAAACUACAGGAGAAUUACGACCUGCUUUUCAAGAACGAACCGCAUCUUCUAUUCCAUCAUUAUCAAGAUUAAAUGAAUCCAUUUCCCAAUCUCAAUCUCAACUGCAGUCCAAUUUUUCCACUUCUGCUUAUCCAUCGCCAAUACAGCAUCAACAGAAUAUCAAUGAGAAUCAGGGUUUAUUAGACUUAUUAGGUCCUAAUGUAUCAUCUUUUCCAUAUAGUGAGCAAACUUAUUUAGAAGCAUUAAAAUUACGAUCUGAAUUGGAAAGGUCAAAACAAGAAUAUUAUAAAGCUGAAACUGCUAAUAGAAAUUUAUUAAUAUUACAAACUGCAUUAAAAGCACAAUUACCAACUAAUUUAAUACCUUUAAUGUGCAUUGGUCAAUCAAGUGAAUUAACUGUAGAACAGUUAAGAACCAUUCAACGUACACAGUUUGAACAUCAACAAAUAUUGCAGCAACAACCACACAUUAAUCAACAGCAACAGCAACAGCAACAGCAACAGCAACAGCAACAACAAUAUGUACUGCAAGAGCAGCAAUUACAACUCAUACAAGCCAAUCAAAAGAAGCUUCAACAAGAAUUGCAAGAAAAAGGUGCUUUUUUGCAGCCACAAAAUAUAGCAUAUCAUCAACAAAUUAGAGGUCCAAGAACAGAAGUUUUACAAUAUGAUGCAUCAAAUGCAAGUAAUGUACCACCACUAGGUUUUAAAUUUGGAGCAGGAACAAGUGCAACUCAAAAACGACCAUUAUCACCAGCUAAAAUCGGCGCACAAGCAAUUGCAAAUUUAUCUACUCCAACAACACCAUAUCGUGGAUAUCCAUCAACUUCUGCAUCAGCAUCUUCAUCAACAUUACGUAGAAAUCCACCAAAAAGUCAUCAUCAACGUCAUUAUUCAAUGCCAUCAGAAUCAUCAAAAUUUAAUCCAAAUGCACCAACAAAUUCUUCUGUAAAUAGUUUAUCCUCAAAUAGACAAGGAUCUCAAUCAAGUAUUGAAUCUGAUGAUAAAAUGUUACAGUCUCCAUUAGGUUUACAAUCAACGUUACAGGUUAAACCAAUACCUGCACAACCAUUACAUAAACAAAGUAAAUCACAAACACAGCCAUCACAGGAAUCAAUGACUUCAUUUCAACAUGUAAUUCAAUUUCAUCAUUGGAAACCUGUUAGUGGUCAACAUGGUACAAAUACUCCCAGUGAAAAACAAACAAAACCAUCAACUAGAUCACAUAAACGUCAUAAAUCAGUAACAAGAGAAGAAUCAGAACAACCAUUACAACAAAUUCAACAAAUAAAAGGUGAAGCUGAGGAUGAUGAUGAUGCAAAUCUGUCAAUGGAUACAAGUUUCACUGAAAAGGCAACUGAAGAUGCUAAUCCACCAACAGGGCAUUCUAGACAAAAACUGAAAGUUGGAAGGUAUCCACAUAAUAUAAUAUCAAAGGAAAACAAACAUUAA